UGCUCCCCUCCCUUCUGCUACGCAGAACAAACGCUAUAUUCAUCUGCUCCAGCUUGCAGUCAGAGAAACUCCCUCCAGGAACUUCUGGGUACUUUUCCUCACCGUUUCAGCUACUGAAAACAAUGCCAUUCGUGCCACGGGGCGAAAACAGGCGAAGUGCCCGGUCCAUUAACCAGACAAUGUGGAGAAUAUGCAGUAUUUUUUGCGCAUGGGGUGUUGUGUUUUUGACUGAGGUCUGCGCGCAGUCACAAAGGAGACCGACGUUCACAUGCGGUGGAAACCUAACUGGAGAUUCAGGGGUUAUUGGUAGCCAGGGUUACCCUGGGGUGUACCCCCCAAAUACCAAAUGUGUCUGGAGAAUAACGGUCCCUGAGGGCAAAGUCGUGGUCCUCUCCUUUCGCUCUAUCGACCUGGAAAGCGACAACCUGUGUCGCUACGACUACGUCGAUGUGUACAGCGGCCAUGUUAGCGGCCAGCGCUUGGGGCGCUUCUGUGGCACGUUCAGGCCCGGUGCACUGGUCUCCACGGGAAACAAGAUGCUCCUCCAGAUGAUGUCUGAUGCCAACACAGCUGGAAGUGGCUUCCUGGCAGUUUACUCGGCUGCCCAGCCACAUGAGAGAGGAGACCAGUAUUGUGGGGGUCGCUUGGACAAACCUUCAGGGUCCUUUAAGACCCCCAACUGGCCAGAGAAGGACUACCCAGCUGGUGUGACCUGCUCCUGGCACAUAGUGGCACCAAAGAACCAGAUCAUCGAGUUGAAGUUUGAGAAGUUCGACGUGGAAAGAGAUAACUAUUGCCGUUACGACUUCGUGGCGAUCUUCAACGGGGCCGAGAUCAACGACGCCAAGAGGAUUGGGAAGUUCUGCGGGGACAGCCCUCCAGAUCCAGUGUUCUCAGAGGGGAACCAGCUCCUAAUCCAGUUCCUGUCAGACCUCAGUCUAACAGCGGACGGUUUUAUCGGCCACUACAAGUUCCGACCCAAGAGGUUCCCCACCACCACGAUGCCGCCGACCACCACCACCCCACCCCCCACCAGCAGACCCAUACCCCUCAAGUACUCCGUAGCUCUGUGUCAGCAGAAAUGCAAAAGGCAGGGGACCCUUGAGAACAACUAUUGUUCCAGCAACUUUGUGAUUUCGGGAACGGUCAUCACGGCGGUGAUGCGAGGAGGCAGCAUGUUCGCCACCAUCUCCAUCAUCAACGUGUACAAAGAAGGAAACCUAACCAUCCAGCAAGCUGGCAAGACCAUGAGCACCAAGAUCGUCAUCCUCUGCAAGAAAUGCCCCUUCAUCAGACGAGGCUUGAACUACAUCUUCAUGGGCACAGUGGACGAGGACGGACGCGGGAAGGUCGCCCCACACCAUUUUGUCAUGGCAUUCAAGGCCAAGAACCAGAAGGGCCUCAACGUGCUGAAGAACAAACGUUGCUGAGUCACUUCCCCCCCCCCCCCGACACACACAGGGGGAGACCCAGCCCCACCCUGACACAAUGAGGCCCCUCCAUGUUUCUCACCGCUCAGCAUGCCCUCACCUCCUACCACCUUACUUUGCUUUACUUGGAAUUUCGUCUCUCACUUUUUCUCGUUUUCUGAGCUGGGCCAUUAUCGUGCGCAAUGUGAAGGGUAAGUGUGAUAGAUAAACCCCUGGGGAAGAGAUAGAGAGGGGUGGGGUACAUUUUAGUGUUGCAGGUUUGACCGACCAGACAUCUUGUGAGUAUUUGUAAGAGGAAGUAAAAUAUUGUAGUUUGGGGGUUGUAGUUUUCAUGACAGUGUUUACAAAACUGCUCUUUAUUUCCUUAGUUUACAAUGAAUGCUAAACUAUGGGAAGUAUUCUAUGUGGUGUUAAGUGCAAUAGUUCAUUAUAUAGCAUUUGUUAAAAAAUAUUUGGUGUCAUGCUGUUUUUAUGUGUGGCAACUGCUCUUAUUUGCCAAAGCUUAACUUGAAAAUGGAUGCAUAGCACCUGGAUCAUUUUUAAAGCUUGGUUUGUUUAUAAUGAAAAUACAGACAUGAAAGUAACAAAAUAAAGUAUUUUCCUAUGAAACCAUCAUUAAAUAAAUGUUAUUUAUAUUUUAUUGUUUUCAUCCGCCCUAAUAAAAUUCUAAAUUACAUUAUAAUUCGAA